GCAAUCAGAAAAGUUAUUGAUUCCUGGGAGGAAAAGCAUACAUCAAAUAAACUGUGUACAAGAUUUGACCAGUAAUUCCUCAGUGGAUGAAGAAACAAGGGGAGGACUGAUUGCAUUAUGUUCUUUGAAGAAGCCUAAAUUGGAGCCUGUUCUAACACAACAUAUUGAGAAUUCUCACGAACCUUCAUCGAUUGUCAGGGAAGCACAACUGAACACCACUUCUACCAUAAACAAUUUGAUGAAACACGAGAAAUUGCAGGUCAGUGAUUAUGGAAGCUUCCAAAAUGCUGAAGUUGGUUUAGCAGUGCUGCUUGGAGAUGAGAUGAUUGCACAAAGAAAAACAGAAAUGUUUAGUCAGAAAAGCAAGGUGGUUCUGUCUAGUCCUUCACCUUGUGGUGAUGAAGAAAGAAGAGGAAAUGCUUUUCUGAUCCAGGUUAAAGAGAAGCUUACUGAUGCAGACUAUAAAGAAUAUUUGGGUUUUAUGAAAGCACUCAAGUCUAAAACCAUGAAGAUAGAUCAGGUUUUACAGAUUGUUCUCUUUUCCAAAUAGGUUCCCACAUCUUGAAAGGUAAGAGCGCUAUCUACACUACCAGUUCUAUGUGGUUCAAAAUCAUUCUUUAUGACGGAACCUAUUCACUGCUUGAGUGUGGCUACUGAUAAAGUAGUGAAACAAAAAAAAAAAAAGAGCUGCUGCACCUCCUGCAGUCUUUGCUUGUGAUAUCCCAGCAGUUUUGUCCUGUGUUCUAAUAUCAUGCUAUUUGGAGUAUAUCAUAUCCGCAAGUUUAAUUUUGUCAUUUUAUUUUUCUUUGAUCAUAUUUUGUGCAGUAUGACUGAGCACAUCCAAGAACAAAAUUGAUAAUGUGAUAUAACUUGCUAGAUACUUAAGCCUAAACACACUGCAUCCUGUAUGUGUUAUUUGUUGCACAGGAUCCACUUUUCUAUUGCUGGUAAUUUUUCUUUCAUUAGAUCUUUUUGAGAAUGGAUAGAAGCAUGUUGGCAAUUCUGAUUUAGUAACU